AAAAAAAAUCAAACAAAUGAGAAACCGAAAAGGAAAACCAAAAACUAAAUAAGAAAAAACAACAAAGGCUAUCUUAGAAGACACAACCACAAAUCUCACCUCUCAUAAUUUCCUUAUCAUACGACAAAUCUCGUAUUGAAGGGGGCGAAAAAAAAAAAAACAACAAAAAAAUCCCAUCUUUCUAUCACUUCCUUUCUCUCUGACAGACUUAACUGUUUACUCAGAGGUCACGAAGUCUUCAAGUACUCAUCUGAUGGAGAAGCCUCGGAACCAGGAUAAAAGAGAGAGAGAGAGAUGUCACAACAUGGGAAAGCUUGCCCGUUUCUUGUUCACUUCUCUGGGCACAAUCACAAUUUUCAGUUUCUUCAUUCUCUAUCAUUCUCCAAACACCUUUACGUUUGUGCCAAAACAAGGCCUUAAUUCUGUGGUGCAAAGCCAUCACGACCUCCUUGCAGUCCAAGACCUUGAUCACAACAACACCUUGCUGCCAAAAAAUCAAAAGGAAGAAGAGGAGACGUGUGACUUGUUUACAGGCCGUUGGGUUGAAGAUCAAUUGGGAAGAUCUUUUUAUACCAACUCAAGCUGCACUACAAUUCCUGACUCAAAGAAUUGUUUCAAAAAUGGAAGGGAGGACAAGGAUUUCCUUAAUUGGAGAUGGAAACCAGAGAAGUGUGAGCUUCCAAGAUUUGAUGCCAAGAACUUUCUAGAGAUGGUUAGAGGGAAGAAAAUGGCGUUUAUUGGAGAUUCUGUUGCUAGGAACCACAUGGAAUCCUUGCUCUGCGUCUUGUCACCGGAGGAAACUCCCACAGACAUUUACAAGGACUCUGAAGAUCGGUUCGGGACAUGGUACUUUCCUCGUCAUGACUUCACCCUUAUGAUCUUGUGGACCAAGUUUCUCGUAGUCGGAACAGAACGAAUGAUCAACGGAACAGGAACGAGCGCUUUUGAUCUCCAUCUCGACAAGGUGGACACUAGUUGGUCUCAGUUCCUCCCACAGCUAGACUACGCCAUAAUCUCCGAUGGUCAUUGGUUCUUUCGAGUAAUGUACCUUCACAAGGGCGAUAAUUUGACAGGUUGCGUCUACUGCCACGAACCAAAUGUCACAGAACGUGACAUCAGCGUCGCGGUUCGGAUGGCAUUUCGUGCUGCGUUCAACCACAUAAACAAUUGCGAGAACUGCAGCCCCGGUCUGGUGACUCUACUGAGGACAUUUGCGCCGGCUCAUUUCAAGAAUGGGGCUUGGAACACAGGAGGUUAUUGUAACAGAACAAGUCCUCUCAAUGAGGCAGAGGCUGAUUUCGGGAGUUUUGACUGGGAAAUGAGGAACAUUCAGGUACAAGAGAUUAAAAGAGCUAAAAAGAAGAAAGGAAAGAAGUUUGGAGUUUUGGAUAUUACUAGGGCUAUGCUUAUGAGACCUGAUGGGCAUCCGGGAGCUCACUGGGGCAACAAAUGGAUGAAAGGCUACAAUGACUGUGUUCAUUGGUGCAUGCCUGGCCCUGUUGAUUAUUGGAACGAUUUUUUGAUGGCUGUGAUAAGAAAAGAGUCAGGUUUAGAUUCUUGAUAAAAGGGUAGGGCUAUUUUAGUUAGAAUAGUACACCAUACAUGUGAUACAUAUAGUAAUAAUGCCCGGUUUUCUUAUAUGGGUAUAUAAUUAUUUUAAUAAAAGGGUAUAAUGGCAUGGUGAAAUGUGAGUUUUCUUCUGAUUUAUCAAUGGUGAGAAGUCUAACAUGGAUUCAUGAUAGUCUUGUAUGCGUAUAUGCAUUAAA